AUGGCAAGACAGACUCGAAUUUUGUCACUGUUAGUGUUCUCAUUGGCACUGAUAGGUGGAGGAAUGGGUGUCCUGAACUUCUUGACAGAUUCAUGGAUAUUGAUUAUAUUGUCGAAUGCAAAGGCUGCACCAGCACCUGUAGCAGGUCACUCAUCAGUGCUCAACCCUGUUAAUAACACAUUGGUUGUGUUUGGUGGCAACAACGCCAAGAACUACACCAACUCACUAAAGACCUACGAUGUGGUCAACGAUGCUUGGAUCUCAAUCAAUGACACAACACCCAAGCCAUCGAACCAGUUCAUGCCGUCGCCUCGCUCGGGCCACGUCGCCAUCACCACGCCCACCAACAUGAUGUACGUCUUUGGUGGACGCAAUGAUACUACAAUCUUCCAGGACAUCUAUAAAUAUGACAUGGUCGAUGACAUUUGGAUCCAGCUCAACGUAUCUGGCACACCACCAGCACCAAGAUAUGGACACUCUGGUAUCAUGUACCCAAUCACUAAUGAGUUCCUGUUCUUUGGAGGCAUGGGCACGACUGGCGUACUCAGCGACAUUGUCAAGUUUGAGUUUGAGUCCAACACAUGGUCCACGCUGCAGCCUGGCAACAACAACAUCGUAGGACUUGGCGUCUAUGGCCACUCAGCCGUCCUCAACAUGGCCAACCAGAUGGUGGUCUUUGGCGGUAUAGUCGACACCAACAACAAGACCACCGAUCAGCUACAGUUCUUUGACGUCGUCCACGGCAACUGGGUCAACCAUACCCUCAACACCACCUCUGGUCACCCCGCCGCACGUUCAGGACACGCUGCGGUCAUCACUCCACUCAAUCAAAUGCUUGUCUUUGGCGGUAACUUUGGUAACGGUGCCACUCAACAGACUUGGAAGUAUGACUUUACCUACAACACUUGGUUGACUGUCAGCCCUACUGGAUAUGGCCCAGAUCACGGACUUUAUGGACAGACUUGCACAUCGACUCUGUUCAACACAAUGAUGGUCUUUGGUGGCCAAUCGUCUGGAUCAGACUUUUACAACGACAUCUUCAAGUACAACAUCAUCACAUCAGUGCUUCGAUCACAGAGUGAUGGAGUGGUGCUGGUUGUUCUGUUGACGAUCGUGUGCUCCAUGAUCAUUGGUCUUUGUUUCGCUCUUGACCUGAUGGCUGAGAAGAAUGAGAUUGAGCGUUUGGAGCGUCUAGAGCAGGAGGCUGCCACCAACGAAUUGAAGAAGGUCACCAUUGCUAAGGAGAAGAAGAAGUCAAAGGAGGAGAGACAGCCACUCUUUGAAACAUUUUAA